AUGGUCGACUUACAUUCUCUUCCUGCGGGUACUUGGCCUGAAAACGCUAUCCGCAACAAUGGCCCGGACAACCUCGUUCUCGAGCGGGUCAAGCUCCGUGAACUAGCCGAAGGGUGGCCUUGCUACCGUGACGCCUGUGAAUGGGAAAACUUCGAAUCAAUUUUCCAUGAGGACGCCCAUGUUUAUACUACCUGGUCUGGCCGCGUCCACUACAAGGAUUUCAUGACCGCUUCAAAGGCCGGCAUGGACAAGGGCGCUUUCAUCAUGCACCGUUGUCACGGAGUGACGACCGAUAUCACACCAGACGGCAGUCGUGCAAUCACCAAGAUGAAGGCGACUAUCACUCAGCGGUUCACCAUCGACGGCUGCGAAGUCGAUGCCGAAGCGGACUGCAGGUUCUGGUUCUGCUUUGAGAAGGUCAAUGGACACUGGGGUGCUCGAUUUGUUCGGCACUGGUAUGAGAAGGAUAAGUUGCUUCCUGUCAACCCGAACAAGAUUCCGCGAGUGGAUGAAGAGAAGCUGAACUCGUACCCUGAAGGGUAUAAGUGUCUGGCGUACUGCCAGGAGCUCACUAUGGGCGUCAGUGUAUUUAAGGAUAUGCCUGGGCAUAGACGUCAUGUUGGAACUGCAUCUGGAGAGAAGCAUGAUCUUUUGUAUAGGUUAUCGAAGGAUUGGCUGGAUGGCAAGGAUAUCGAUGUAUAG